AUGUACCUUAUUUUGUUCUCUUUUGCUUAUAUUGUGUAUUCAUUAACUUAUGUACUCAACAAAGAUGAGAUAAAAGUAUGCAUCACAUAUAAAUAAAUAGGUUUUGGAGAAUUAUGCUAAUGGGAUCGAAAAAUAUGAUAAAUAGAAAGAAAAGCUAUCAAUAUAGAGUGUUGGUUUACUUGCUAAUGAUGAGUAGGUGAUUGAAAUUACAAGUUUAUUUGUUCCUUUUGACAAUUAAUAGAGAGUAGAUAUAUUAACCAAAAAAGUAGAGAAUAUUUACACAGUAUAUACUUUAUAUUAUUUUAAAUCAGUAAAAUACAUAAUUAAUUUUAGUAUAGUACAGAGCUUAAAUUUGAAAAGGUGUAAUUGGAAGGUGUAGAAAGAUGUGCAUCAUUAACUUAUUUAAAUAAUUAAUUUGUUGUUGAUUGCUCAAUUACAUCAAUUCUUUUUGUUUUGUAGAAUGGAACUUAGAUCUCAUAUAAAAAUAAUAAUAAUAUUCAAUUCACUCAAAUUUUAGAAUUUUAUGAUGGAUUAUUAGGAUUAUCUCCAGGAUAUUUAAACUUUUUUGAUGAAUAAUUAUAAUUGGAAAGAUAGACAUAAGCCAAUUAUAUUUAAGUAUUAAAGGAUGAAAAAAAUAUAUAUUUAUUAAAUGAACUAUAAGUGAUCUAAUAUUCAUAAGAUGGAAGUGUAAUUGAAUAUAAUCAUAAAUGCUAAAAUAAGCCAGAAUUUAUGACAGUAUUAGAUGAUAUAUUUUACAUUCAAUGUGGAACUUUAAGGAAAGUUCGUAAAAAUGAGAUUGAAGUACUUUAAUUAAAAGUAUAGCAAAUUUUUGCAACUAAUAGAUAUAUCAUUUUAAAUAACAACAGCAUUUAUAAUAAAGAUUUAGAUUCCCGUUUUUAUUUAUCAAAUGGAAAUUUAUUUAGAAUUAAUUAUGAUGAUGAUAUAAUUUAGAUAGUUAAUAAUUAAAUACAGAUUGGUUCCAUUAAAGGAUAUUAUUUAAUUUAAUCAGAUGAGAUAUCCUAAUUCACAUUAUCUUAAAAUUUAUUUUAUGUUGUUGAUAAGGGAUUAUAAGCUUUGAAUUUUGGAGAAUCUGAGUUUUAUGGAAAUAAAUUCUAAGUAGUAAAUUAUGUUUCUGGACCUAAUGUAUAGAUAAAAGAGCAAGGAAUUCUAGAAUAGCCACUCUAAUUAGACAUAGAGAAAGAGAUUACAAAUAAAUAAUUGUUAGGAUUAAUUAAUUAUUUGGAUGAAUCAAUAUUCUUGAUCUAUUUAUAAGAUUCUAAGUUAUUCACUUAAAAAUGUUUAAUUGAUUAUUUGAAAUUUAAGUGUCAAAAGGAAGUACUCUUAUAAUCAAAUGUUCCAUCAGAUAUAAAAAAUAUAUAAGGUUCUGUAAUAGGAAUUCAAAUGAUAAUUGCUUAUCAAUCUUAAGAAACUUUAUAUAUUUAUUUAGAUAACAAAUUACUAGAUACAAAAAAUAAAGUCAAUACUUUUUAAUUGUAGUAAAAUAUUAUCAUUAUUCUUAAUGAAAAUGAAGUAACUAUAAAUUAUAUAAUUGAUAAAUAAAUUCAUUAAGAAAGUUAAAUUAAUUUUACUUGUAUUAUGGUUGCUCUGUAUUCUAAUGAAAUUGCAUUGGUUGAUGAAAAAAAUAAUCUUUUAAUAAUUAGUAAUUCUAAUAAUGGAUGGUAUUAUUCAUUUUCAUAAUCAUUUCAAGAUAUAAUAUUAAAAAUAAAUUAUGUUAAUUCUCAAUUGAUUGUAUCAACUGAGAAAUAAGCAUUUAUUUAUGAAAAUAGAAUAUUAAGAGGAAAAUUAGAUUUAGAUAUAAUUAAAGCUGUAAAUUAUUAAUAAUCUUAAACUCAUUUAUACAUUUAUAAUAAAACUAAAAUAUAUUAAUAUUAAAUCUUCUCAGAACUUUCCUUAUCAAGUUGGCAAUAAUAAAUAAUAGAUUAUUAAAUUUAAUAAAGAUUUUUAGUAUUGACAUUUUAAGAGCAUGAAUUAUUACUUGUAGAUAAUAAAUUAUAUGUUUAUAAAUCAAUUUUAGAAUUUAUACCUAAUACUAUUGUAGAAAGAGAUGUUUAUUCUAGAUUCACUUAUGCUGAUGUCAUUUUUAGUAAUUAUUAAAAUAAACCUAUUACUGUGAAAGUCAAAAUAAUUGGUGAUAUUUUGAAAUUAUAGUCUUUAUAAUACAAUGAAUCAGAUUAUUAAAUCAAUAAUGGUUUAUUAUAAAUUGACUAAGGUUUAUUAUUUGAUGGACCAAUCUCAAGUAUUGGCACAGAUUUAGAUAAUUAAAUUGAAAUCAUUCAGAGAGUAAGUAUGUAUGAAUAAUAACCUAAUUGGAUCAAUAAAGAGUUGAAUGAUCUAAUUUAUAUUGGAAAUAACUUAAGAGUUAUUUAUUAGAAUUCCUCUUUAUUUUUAUGUUCAGAGAGUAAAUGUUAAUCAAUUUUAAAUAAUACUUAAGAUUGUAUUACAUUAGAGUAAGAUCAAUUAUAAUUUUAUUUGGUUUGUAAAAAGUUUAUUUAUUCUGGUUUGAAAUAAAAACCAGAAUCAAUAAAUAAUAUAGACUUUACACCAUUAUCUAAUGAAUUAAUUAAUAUAAAAUUUGAUUAAGGUACGAAAAUAGGAAUAAUAAAUAGAUAAGGAAUUGAAACAUAAUUUUCCCUAUAUAUUAAUUAUCAAUUAAAAGAAAAAAUAGUUAUUAAUGAAUUAUAGGAUUUCUAAUUUAAUGAUUCAAAUAUAAUAUUAUUAACAUCAACUAAGGUGAUUUUGGUUGAUAGUUAAUUAAAAGAAAUACAUUCAUAUGAAUUAUUAGAUGAUUUGAUCAAGACAGAAUAGAACUUUGCAUUAAAAUUAGUAAAAUUUACAAAAAUAUGUUAAUAUAAAGAAAAUUAAUAUAUAAUUUCAAGUUAAUAUGGUCCAAUAUAUUUAAUAUAUUUAAAUAAAGAAUAUUCAGAGUUAGUCUUACAAUUUACAAAUAUUCAUAAUUCAAUUCCUAUUGAUACUUAUUUAAUUGAAAAAGAUGUUUUAAUAUGCGUUUAUAAAAAUGAGAAUGAUUAAUAUUAUGUUGUUUUUUAUGAUUUUGAGGAUAAAUCAAAAUCAUCUUUAAUAAUUCCAUAUUUUAAUGUGAUUGAAUUGGGAUCUUCAUUUUCAAAAUUCCAUUACACUAGAUAGUAUAAUAAUAAUUCAAUUAUUUUGAUUGAUAGAAAUGAUACAAAGUCAAUCUUUGUUAUUAAUGAUUAUGUAAAAUAAUAUAAAAUUUGUUUAGCUCUAAAUAAAAAGUGUUUCAUCAAAUAAAUAUCUCCAAUAAUUAAUUGCAUAUGAUUUAAAUUUCUAAUAAACAAAAAUUAAUUUAAAAAUAGAUUUUACAGAAACUGAUUAAACUACUGAAAAUUGGAUAAUAGCUAUUUAUAUUUUAUGUGGUAUAUUAGGAAUUUUAGUUUUGUUAAUUUCAUUUCGAUAUAUAAGAAGAUAUUGUUUGACAAGACAUCUUCAAUUUGAAGAAGAGAAACCAUCAGAAUUUUAAAGUUAAUAUAUUUGA